GCUGGUUCUGAGCUGGUUCUGAGCUGGUUCUGAGCGCACAUACACUACACCACUCUUCUCACCAAAGUGAUGACCAGCGCUCCACCACCACCACCAACGCCGUUCGCUCUGGCACACACAUACAAUCACCGCUCGCUGAUCGACGUCCGCACGUCCGUUGUUGCGCCUGACGCACUCGCAGCUCACCUUGCGCCUGUUCUUGCCAGCAUGUCAACGUCGUCGUCGUCGUCCACCAUCCAGCCGCCCACCGUCGUGGUCCCAGGCUCGCGUCCAGCAACCCCAGAGAACGUUGGCAUCCUCGCCCUCGACGUUUACUUCCCAGGCACCUGCGUCAACCAGACUGCUCUUGAGACAUUCGAUAACGCCGGCGCUGGCAAGUACACGGUCGGCCUCGGACAGACCAACAUGGCGUUCUGCUCAGACCGCGAGGACAUUCACUCCAUCUGCCUCACCGUUGUCCAGUCGCUCAUGACCAAGUACAACGUCCCGUACACUGCCAUUGGCCGCCUCGAGGUCGGCACGGAGACCAUUGUCGACAAGAGCAAGUCCGUCAAGUCCGUCUUGAUGCGCCUGUUUGAGGAGAGCGGCAACUCGGAGGUCGAGGGCGUUGACACCACCAACGCUUGCUAUGGCGGCACCAACGCCCUGUUCAACGCCGUGAACUGGGUCGAGAGCCGCUCGUGGGACGGCCGCUUUGCGCUGGUUGUUGCCGGCGACAUUGCCGUCUACGCGUCCGGCAGCGCUCGCCCAACCGGUGGCGCUGGCGUCGUCGCCAUGCUUGUCGGUCCCAACGCCCCGAUCGUCUUCGAGUCGGGUCUUCGCUCGACGCACAUGGAGCACGCCUACGAUUUCUACAAGCCGCGGCUCGAGUCCGAGUACCCCGAGGUCGACGGCAAGCUCUCCGUCCAGCUCUACCUCAAGGCGGUCGAUGUCUGCUACAACCGCUACGCCGCUCGCGCGGAGGCACAAGGCGAAAAGAACUUUUCGCUCGACAGCACCGAUUUCGUGGCCUUCCACUCGCCCUUCAACAAGCUCGUGCAAAAGUCGCUUGGCCGCAUCAUGUUCAACGAUUUCCGUCGCACUCCCGAAAACCCCAAGUUUGCCGGUCUGGAAAAGUUUGCUGCCACCAAGCCGGAGGACUCGUACUUUGACCGUGAGCUCGAGUCUGCCUUCCUUGAGCGAAGCAAGAAGACGUACGCCGAAAAGACCCAGCCCACCGUUCUCCUUGCCAAGCAGCUCGGCAACAUGUACACUGGCUCGCUCUAUGGCGGCCUUGUUUCUCUCCUCGUCGAACGAAGCCCCGCAGAGCUUGUUGGCAAGCGCGUCAUCAUGUUCUCGUACGGCUCUGGCUUGGCCGCAUCCAUGUUCUCGCUCCGCUUUGUCUCGGCCCCUGAGACCAUUGCCACUGGCCUCAGCGACGUCAAGCCGCGUCUCGACUCGCGCAUUGUUGUGGACCCCGCAGAUUUCGACCGCCUCAUGCACUUGCGCGAGGAGACUCACAACCUGACCAAGUACGCCCCCGUCGGCAACGUCGACCACCUCUUCCCGGGCACUUGGUACUUGGACUUUGUCGACGAAAAGUUCCGACGAACGUACAAGCAAAAGCCUGCCGUUGCACUUGCUGUUAGCGGCCAGGUGUGACUCGGCCCGUAGGCUUUUGGAUUUUUCGUAUCAUCAUCAUCAUAACACAAAACCGGAAACAAAGGUGCUCGAGGUUCCGAGCUGCUGUUAAUCCUGUUGCUGUUGCUGUUCUACUCUUAUUCGAGAGAGAGAGAGAGAGAGAGAGAGAGAGAGAGAGAGAGAG